AUGGACAGGGAAUAUCAUGGCAGUGGCUAUGGAGGGGGAGGACUCGGAGGUGGAGGCGGAUACGAUGGUCCUCAUCGUCGGCCCUUUGGAAGAAGGCCCGUCACAGACUACACCUCUUCGAUGGUACAAUGGAUGCGACAUCGGCAACCCCGAUACAAGGGAGGAGGGCGUAUGGAGAGGGAGAGGCCAAGCCCAAGCUACAUAGUCGAUAUGCUCCCGCCUUCUGCAAAGCUCCAAAACGCCGCCGAUGCCGUACCUGCGAAACUCCUACACUCUUCUCUCAACAAAGUCAAGCAUCCAAUCAACGUCGUGAAAUGGACACCCGAGGGCCGACGACUGUUGACAGGCUCGAGCAUUGGAGAGUUUACGCUAUGGAAUGGCAUGGGCUUCAACUUCGAGACAAUCUCACAGGCACAUGACAGCGCCGUGCGAGCAGCGGCAUGGUCACACGGCGAAGAUUGGCUCAUUUCCUCAGAGCAGCAUGGUGUUGUAAAGUAUUGGCAGCCUACGUUUAACAAUGUCAAAGUAGUUCAAGCCCACGGGUUCAAUGACGCCGUUCGUGAUCUCGCUUUCUCACCCAAUGACAGCAAGUUCGUGACCGCAUCCGAUGAUAAAACCCUCAAGAUUUUCGAUUUCGCUGGAGGCACCGAAGAGUCUGUGCUUGCAGGCCACAGUUGGGACGCCAAGACCGUGGACUGGCAUCCUUCCAAAGGCCUGCUCGUUUCUGGAUCAAAAGAUCAUGAUGUGAAGUUGUGGGAUCCGCGGACUGGCAGAUGUCUCACUACGCUCCACGGGCAUAAGAACACUAUCUCGAGGACGAAGUUCGAGCCGAACAGAGGGCAAUUGCUCGCUACGGCGGCGCAGGAUCAAACAGCUCGUAUAUUUGACCUACGAAUGAUGCGGGACAUAUGCCUCCUCCGAGGUAACCAGGACAAGAUCGCGACUUUAGCUUGGCACCCUAUCCACAGCUCGUUACUAUCCACUGGUGGCGCGGAUGGCAGCAUAUGCCACUUCCUUCUUGACGAACCUAAUACACCACCUGGCGUGGCGGCAUCGACGUCUCUACCUCCCUACGACAGCGCAGACCCAACUAGCGCUCCCGCGCAAACGAUAUAUCCAGCCCACUCGAUCAAAUACGCGCAUGACUUUGCGGUCUGGUCCAUCGAUUGGCACCCUCUGGGCCACAUCUUAGCCUCAGGGUCCAAUGACCGUGCGACACGUUUCUGGACACGCCCAAGGCCGGGAGAAACGGAUUGCUUCAACGACAAAUACCACCUGGGCGAUGCGGCCACAGAAACGCAAGGAGCCUGGGACCGACGAGGCGGACGAAAGGUGAUGCGCGAAGAGGAAGAGCAAGAAUUAGAAGACGAGGCGGACGGGCUGCAGGAUCAAAAGAUGCCCGUCAAGCAGCCCGUCCUGCCUGGUAUUCCAGGCCUCAAUAUGCCCACUAAUGGCACAAGUGAUGGACCUCCAGCCCGACGAUACCCAAACAUACCAAACAUACCCCCUCCACCUCCCAAUCUUCCAAACGGCCUCGCAGGGAUGGACCCCGAACAGUUCAAAGCAAUGCUUGCAAGCGGAACUCUACCUCCUCCACCUCCGCAGUUUGGCGGUAGCCUACCACCACCGCCUCCGAACUUCGAUAUGUCGAAACUACCUCCCGGUCUACUACCGCCAGGCUUCCAGCCACCUCCUGGAAUGCCGCUUCCUCCGCCCCCCAGUGGCUUUGGUGGCUUGCCAGGUAUCGACACUGAUGGAUUGGGACCUGGAGCCGGAGGUGUUAGGAGGAGGGGACCGCUGCCGAGUCAGGAGCAAAGCUUGAUGGAGGAGCAAAGGAGAGGGAAAUAUAGGAUCGCGAGAUAG